AUGCCUUAUGGUGGUUAUGAUCAGAACAUGAUGUGUAUGGGUAACAAUUCUCAAGAUCCUUGCGUCUCAAACCCACAUGAUUGCUCAGUGCUCCCAGCAGAACUACAAGAAUCGGUGAAUAACUACGGGUUGAAUCAGUUGAUGCAGCAUGAUCUUUAUGGCUUUGAUCAGAACAUGUAUAUGGGUGAUACUAUCAACAGCUGCAACGUUCUGGAUCCUUGUCUCUCAAACAUAGCUUCAGGUCACUUCUGUUAUGAUUUUCAGGACCCUUAUGGUGGUUACCCUAGCUUCUCUCAAGAUUUUCCAGACGUGUCUUCAAGCUGUGUUUAUGAGAACAGACUACUUCAGGGAUCUACUCUACCAUCUCUCUAG